AUGUCUUCCACCCCCGAAUUGAGCCAGGCCACACACUCCGACCCAGAUACGCCAUCCCAGACAACAAUAUUGUGCAAAGGUAAGAGACCCCACCAACCCCUCCUCGAUGCAGUGGCUCCGGCUGACGCCAGCAAGAAGAUGCUGAACAUAACGAACCCCCCGAGAAACCGGGAGCCGUGUACCCAGCCGACACACUCUCGCUGCCACGACAGCACCGUCGGCGUGAUUGGCGACUCGUUCGGCAUCACCAACCCGGGCCAACGGUCCUGGUUGAUCGCGGGCUACAGUCUGACGAUUGGCACCUUCAUUCUCGUCGGCGGCCGACUGGGCGAAGAGUUCGGCAACAAGAACCUCUUUGGCGUCGGCUGGCAGGAGCCGUACGUCGGUGUUUGUCUGGUGCUCGGGCUCUUGUUCGCAGCGGCCUUCUUCUGGGUUGAGAUCUAUCAUGCAAAGUCUCCGAUCCUCCCCCUUGCGGCGUUCAAUUCCGACAUUACUUUUGUCAUUGCGUGUACGGCGACAGGCUGGGCGUGUUUUGGCAUAUGGGUCUUCUACAUCGGACGGGUCGCUCUCGACCUUGGAGGCAACACGAUGGCAGCCUGGUUCAUACCGGUGAUCCCGUCCGGUCUGACCUCAGCCCUCGCGGUGGGCAAGUUGCUCGGCAAAGUCCCUGCCUCGUGGAUCAUGGUCGUCGGACAAGUCGCCCAUAUGGUCGGCUCCAUCCUCGCAGCGGCGCGACCUGUGCAUUCGACAUACUGGACCUACUACUUCUUCAGCGUCCUCAUCAUCACCGUCGGCAUGGACACCUCGUUUCCCUCGGCCACGAUCAUCUUCUCCAACGCCGUCCCUCAACGAUACCAGGGUAUGGGCGCGAGUGUAGUCAUGACUGUGGUCAAUUACAGCAUAUCGCUUGGUCUCAGCUUUGCCGGCACGAUCGAAACAAACAUCAAUGAUGGCGGGUUGACCGGCGCCGACAAGCUUUUCGGCCACCGCGGUGCUCUUUGGUUUGCGGUUGGGCUAGCUGGUCUCGGCCUGUUGCUGAGCCUUGUCUUUGUCGCGAAAUCGUCCUCGAAGGACGGAUCCAAAGGACAACGUUGA